GAAUGCAGAGUAGGUGGGGUGUGUGUCAUAAAGGGCGGGGCUUAUAACUGUAUCUCAAGGCUUUUUAUAUUGGCCAACGUGCCCUGACCAUUCACUUCGCCCACAUGCUGAAAGGGACCAACAUAAAGAAGGAGGCUGUGUGGACGUAAUGAAACAUAUGUGAAUAUGAGGAGAGAAAUUGCAGCAGUGGUGUUUUUCCUGAAGCGGCUUGUGAAGAGGGUGGAGAAGCUGGAGUCAGAGAAGGUGGAGCUGUUUGUUGAGAGGCUUGCUGUCGCUCUGCAGGAGAAGUUCAAAGGACACUGGUACCCUGAAAAUCCCAGCAAAGGACAAGCAUACAGGUGUAUCCGAGUGAACAGGUUGCACAGGCAGGAUCCAGAGCUCCUUCGGGCCUGCCAGGAGAGCGGCAUUCAGUACAGGGACCUUGGACUGCCUCGUGAAUUCACUUUGUGGGUGGACCCUGGGGAGGUCUGUUGUAGAUAUGGAGAACAAAAUCCCUUCUUCUCUGUGGCCAGUUUCUCCAGCGAUGAUGAAGAGGACAGAGAUGUUGCGAAAAAGGUGACGAGUGCUUUGGAGAGGGUGACAUCAGACUAUCACUCAGGUUCUUCAUCUGAUGAGGAAGGGAUGCGCUCUUCCCCAGUAACUGUCUCCAACACACGCUGCCCUAAACAGACGAUGAAUCCUGCAGCCCCCACGUGGCAUCCUAAGAAGAUGAUACCAGGAAAAGGUUAUAUGGUUCCACGUCCUCACUACACUACCUUCAGACCUCGCAGCCGAGCUCCGCACACUUUAAGGCCGACUCUGUGGGUCCCUCCAGGCUACGGGGGAGGGCCUGGAUACUGGGACGCAAACCUACAUCUGGCACAUUCUUACAGUUAGGAAUCAUGGUGCUUAACAUUCACAAUGGACUGAAGUUUAAGAUGACUGACCAAGGUUUUUUAAACAGGACUUUUUAUAGCUGAACUAAUGUUUUGACAGAAGUCAUUUUUUGCACUUUAGACCAUUUGUUAUAGUUAAAUAAAUCACUUGUAUGAAAUUAGAUAUUGGAAUUUGAAUACUACUCGUGUAGACUGAAGUACUGUAUUUUUUACAAUCAGAGAAGUCGAUGUAUACCACCUAGUGUCCUUUGUGAUGAGCUGGUUUUAUUUAUUCAGAGUAGAUGUUUCAGAUGUAUAGGCUAAAAUUUAUGGAGUUUUAUUAAACACGAUUUCCAAGCAUCAAGAUGCACUAUUUAUUCUUACUGUUUCUUAAAGUUCCUUACGUUUUGUGGUUAAAGGAUUCGGUUCAUUAUUUAUUUUUUUAGUUCUAAACUUUUUACUUUCAUUGUUAAGAGAAACUGGUAAAGUUCUGUUAAUUUGGUGUUUCUGAAUCACUGGUUUGAUGGGAAAAUGUCAAGUUGUUAAAGAAAUCUCUAGCACUAAAAUAGUUUAACAUGCAUUUUGUGAUUAUACUGGGCUCGGUUAGGACACUUUUUAGAGUUUACUCCUCAGAUACCUAAUGCACCUCCAAUAAAACUCCACUGACAUCCACUGUUUUAUGUGAUAAAGAGGACAAUUGUAAAAUAAAUUUUUUAAGCAUCA